UUGUUCGUGACCGUGAUAUUCUAAGGGGCCCAAAUCCAUAACGAGAGCGACCAUUGGCCACGGUAACCAUCGCCAUCGACGCAGCGUGGAUUCACAGCGAGGCGAAUGUGCGUCUCGUGAUCUCUGGCUCGCCCCCCUCUCUCUCUCGCGGGCCUUCAGGAGUGUUGUGCUGAGCGACGCGGCGUCGGUGAGGCUGAGUUUCUGCGCACGGGCGGACAUCGACGCAAGGAGUUGAGGAGAUGGACACGGUGCUGGUGCUGGGAGGGGGGGCGAGGGAGCACGUCCUGGCCGGGACGCUCGCCCAGUCGCCCCUCGUCAAGAAGGUCAUCGUCGCCCCCGGCAACGGGGGCACCGCCACUCACGGCGGCAAGGUGGAGAACUCUGGCGUGUCGGUGGCCAACCACUCCCUGCUGGUGCAGUACUGCGCCGACCACAACGUCUCCAUGGUGGUCGUGGGGCCCGAGGCUCCGCUCGCCGCCGGCGUGAGUGACGAUCUGGUGGCCGCCGGAGUCCGUUGUUUCGGGCCCUCGGCCCGCGCCGCUCGCCUCGAGUCGAGCAAGGCCUUCGCCAAGGCCUUCAUGGAGCGCCACGGCAUCCCCACGGCGCGCUGGGAGGCCUUCACCGAGCCCCGAGCCGCCUGCGCCUACAUCAACUCCACGGAGCCCGCGCCGCUCGUCGUCAAGGCGAGCGGCCUGGCCGGAGGCAAGGGGGUGGUGGUGGCCAGGGACCGCGAGGAGGCCUGCCGCGUCGUCAUGGAGAUCAUGCAGGACCGUGUGCAUGGCGACGCGGGGGAGACGGUGCUGGUGGAGGAGGUGCUGGAGGGGGAGGAGAUCAGCUGCAUGUGCUUCACCGACGGCCGCUCCGUGGUGAUGAUGCCACCGGCCCAGGAUCACAAACGUGUGGGGGAGGGGGACACGGGGCCCAACACGGGGGGCAUGGGGGCCUACGCCCCCACCCCACAGGUCUCGGCGGACUUGCUGUCCAUGGUGCAGCGCUGCGUGCUGCAAAGGACGGUGGACGGGAUGAUGGAGGAAGGGAACCCCUACAUUGGCGUGCUUUACGCUGGAUUGAUGCUCACCAAGGCCGGGCCCAAAGUUCUGGAGUUCAACUGUCGCUUUGGAGAUCCCGAGUGCCAGGUGCUGCUGCCGCUGCUCAAGUCGGACGUGUACGCCGUGAUGCGUGCGUGCGCCAGCGGGAGCGGGGGCUCCCUGGCCGACGAGCGCGUCGAGUGGUGGAGCGGGCGCUCCGCCGUCACCGUGGUGAUGGCCAGCCGCGGUUACCCGGGCGACGCGCCCACCGGAUUCCCCAUCACAGGCAUCAGCCGGGCCCAAGAGCUGGGCUGCCUCGUCUUCCACGGGGCCACCAAGACGCGAGCGGCGGGUGGCGGAGGAGCAGCAGCAGCAGCAGCAGCAGCAGGAGCAGCAGCAGGAGCAGCAGGAGGAGGAGGCGACGAUGACGACGACGGCUGGAGGCAGCAGCUCGUGACGAGCGGCGGCCGCGUCCUCUCCGUGACGGCCGUGGGUCACGACCUCCGCGCCGCCCUGACCCUCGCGACCUCCGGGGUCGCGGCGAUCCACUUCCAGGGCGCCUUCCACCGGCGCGACAUCGCGCACAGAGGCCUCGCCGAGGGGGCCCGGGAGGCCGCUCCACUACUACCGCCACUGACGUACGCCGGCAGCGGCGUGGACAUCGAUGCAGCUGACGCGCUGGUGACCUCCAUC